CCUCCUUCCUCUAUCCCCUCGUAAAACCCUCACUUCGCUCUCGCAGUCGCUCUCGAUCCCUCUCUCCCUCCGCCCGCCAUGGCCCAAACCCUAGCACGCGCCGCCGCGGGCCGCCUCACCGUGUUCUCCCUCGUCACCAGACGCCUCCACUCGACCACGACCUUCGUCACCUCCCCUCCCGCGCUCCCGUCCCUCCUCUUCCGCCGCCGCGCCCUCGGCCCUCUCUCCCACGCCGCCGGCUCGACUCCCUUCGGCGCCGCCGGGGCUCGGUUCGCGCCCAUACGGUGCCGCGUGAACCGGUCCGGGGGCUCCGCGUACUCCCCGCUGAACUCCGGCUCGAACUUCAGCGACCGGCCGCCCACGGAAAUGGCGCCGCUGUUCCCGGGGUGCGACUACCAGCACUGGCUCAUCGUCAUGGAUAAGCCUGGGGGUGAGAACGCCACGAAGCAGCAGAUGAUCGAUUGCUACAUCGAAACCCUAGCCAAAGUUAUCGGCAGUGAGGAGGAAGCAAAGAAUAAGAUAUACAACGUCUCCUGUGAGAGAUAUUUUGGGUUUGGCUGUGAGAUUGAUGAGGAGACAUCAAACAAGCUUGAAGGUUUGCCUGGGGUAUUGUUUGUGCUUCCCGACUCCUAUGUUGAUCCUGAGUACAAGGACUAUGGGGCUGAGUUGUUUGUGAAUGGAGAGAUUGUUCAAAGAUCACCUGAGAGGCAGAGGAGAGUGGAGCCGCAACCUCAGAGAGCUAAGGACAGGCCAAGAUACAAUGACAGAACCAGAUAUGUUCGCCGCAGAGAAAACUAGGUUGAUGUGAGAAAUUGGUGAACAGUAUGUAAAUUGGUUCUGUUAAGAGUAUGCCGGGAGGGGUUACAAGUCUUUAUCUGGCAAUGCUCAGUUGACUUUGGACUGGGGUGCAUGUAUUUGUUUUGUGCUGCUCUUUCAGAUCUGUAUGAACUCCUUUUAUUGUUAAGAUGAUGCAUGCAAGUCCUGUCUUGGAUUUCCAUAGCUGAAGGAAAAUCAUAUAAAGCUGUUAUUUUCUUUAUAA